UCAAACCGGCUGAACCCAACCCUGUGAUAUGUAAGGAACGUAAUGUGUCAUUUUUCACGUGUUAACAUAUAUUUUUAGUAAAAGGAGGAGAUUGUUGAAAAAAUCAUAAGGAUAUAAAGAAGAAGAAGGAUUCAAAGUUUGUUAUCCUUUUGUAAUAAUGUCUGGAACGUUGAAACCUUAUCUCAUGGCGGUGAGACGUACUCUCACUGCUGCAAUGUGUCUUGAAAAUUUUUCUUCCCAAAUAGUAGAGAAGCACAAUAAACCCGAAGUAGAAGUUAGAGCAAGUAAAGAACUUUUGUUAACGCCUAUAUUGAUCAGCAGAAACGAUAAGGAGAAAGUAUUAAUAGAAUCAAGUAUAAAUAGUAUGAGAAUAAGUAUCGCCGUUAAACAGGCAGACGAUCUGGAAAAGAUUCUCUGUCAUAACUUCACAAGAUUCAUGACUAUGAGAGCGGAACAUUUUAUGAUACUUAGGAGAAAACCUAUAGAAGGUUAUGACAUUAGUUUUCUUAUCACAAACAUUCAUGUAGAACAAAUGUAUAAACAUAAGAUAGUAGACUUUGUGAUUCAUUUUAUGGAGGAAAUUGAUAGAGAAAUCAGUGAAAUGAAACUUUCUAUGAAUGCCAGAGCUCGUAUUUGUGCGGAAGAAUUUUUAAAGAGGUUCUAAUCCAUAAAGUGCAGAUUGUUAUGGAUAAGUGUCUAUAAACGAAAGGCAGUGAAAAGAGGAUGCAGUAAAGAAAUUCUCUCCGAUAACCAACAUUAGAAAAAGAGAUCAUGAAUGUUAUAAUAAUUUACUCAAGAUGGUCCCUCAUCUAACUAAAGUAUCUUAACCUUCGAUUCAAUUUCAUUCAACUAAAUUCCAUCGAGUCCAAAUGUACUUGGAAAUGUAAAUGAUAAUUCUGACAUAAGAUUGAGCGUAAGUAUCAAAGACAUUUGAUCGGUUAUUUAUUGUAACGAAGGAAAUUAAGAAAGGAUUUUGAGUAAGGGAAAAACAAAACAAAAA